AUGAGGGAAGAUGAGGACAGAUCGAGAAAGAGAAGGAGGUUUAGACGGCCGGAGAGGACAAGAAACGGCGACGAGCCGCGCUGGAAUCCAGGCGGCAGCAGGCGGCAGAUGAAACUAGGGUUUCCAUCGGGCCACCUGCACGCGGAAGGAUAUAUAAAAACGCGAGUUGAGGAUGGGGUUUGGGUUAACCUCUCUAUAAAGCGCCGAAGCCUUUUCUUUUCCCCCGACUUUCUCCCGAGUGCUGCCAAGUACGAGGCCGCCGGCGAGCUCGAACACGUCAAGGGCAUCAUCAAGUGGGGCACCGACUACCUCCUCAAGACCUUCAACUCCUCUGCCGACACCAUCGACAACAUCGUCGUACAGGUCGGCGAAGGAGACACGUCGAAGGGGCCAGAUGCUAACGACCACUACUGCUGGAUGAGGCCGGAGGACAUCGACUACACUCGGCCGGUGUACGAGUGCCACAGCUGCUCCGACCUCGCCAGCAAAAUGGCGGCGUCGUUGGCUACUGCUUCGAUCGUGUUUAAGGACAGCAAGACCUACUCCGACAAGCUCGUCCAUGGUGCCAAGACUCUGUUCCAGUACGGAAGGCUACAGAGGGGCAGAUACAGCCCUGGAGGCACUGAUCCCGCCAUCUUCUACAACUCCACCGGUUACUGGGAUGAGUUUCUGUGGGGCGGCUCAUGGCUCUACUUUGCAACUGGAAAUUCCUCCUACCUCCAGCUCGCCACUGCUCCAGCCCUGGCCAAGCAUGUCGGUGCCUUCUGGGGAGGACCGGAUUAUGGAGUCUUCAGCUGGGACAACAAGCUCACUGGAUCUCAGGUUUGA